AAAGUCAGAGGAACACACGUAUACACUGAGUUCCUGUUCUUCUCUCAGAUAGAAACUGUCUCUGUUCAUUGUGGUUCAGUCUGUUGGAGGAUGAGGAUGAACAUCUGCAGCUGCCUGUUAGCUUUAGUUCUGGGCUGUAAUGUGACAGCAGAAAUAAUCCAUCAAAUAGUCAAAGAGGAGCAAGAUGUCUCUCUGCGUUGUUCUCACUCUGUGGAGGGUAAAGUGACGUGGAGCAGAGAGAUUAAUGGAAACACAGUUGACAUAUUAAUAGCUGAUGGUGACAGAGACCAAAGAUUCAAUGACCCCCACAAACGAUACCGUUCAUUAGCAGAUAAGUCACUGCACAUCUUUACAGUUGCUGUCUCAGACUCUGGAAAAUACUUGUGUAAUAAUGAAGCAGCUGUGGAACUGACGGUGAUCCCAUCAGGAACAACAACAGUCAGUAUUGCAGAGAAGUCCAACGUCAAUCUGACAUGUCCUGAUGUUAGAGGGUCACAUGUUCCAACAUGGACCAGAGAGAUUGAAGGAAAACAACAAAUCAGGCCUCAUGUUUCAGCUGUUGACAAGUAUCUGAAUAUACCAGACGUGCAGCCUGGUGACUCUGGACUGUACUACUGUGAUGGAAAACCAGCUGCAAAUCUAAACGUGAGCAAAGGUGAUCAGUCUGAGAGAGAAAUGAUCCAUCAAAUAGUCGAGGAGAAGGAACAUGUCUUUCUGCAUUGUUCUCACUCUGUGGAGGGUAAAGUGACGUGGAGCAGAGAGAUUAAUGGAAACACAGUUGACAUACUUACAGUUGAUGGUGACAGAGAGCAAAGAUUCAAUGACCCCCACAAACGAUACGGUUCAUUAGCAGAUAAGUCGCUGCUCAUCCUCAAAACUGCUCUCUCAGACUCUGGAAAAUACUUGUGUAAUAAUAAAGCAGCUGUGGAACUGACGGUGAUCCCAUCAGCCUCUCCUUACCUGUGGCAGAUGCCUGUUCGUGUGGUGAUCGUAAUACUUUAUUUAAUCCUGAUGAUCAGCAUCACCGUCAAUACCUGGAGAAGAGCGCAACAGAUACAGAAGCAACACACAGCAGAAACAGAAAAUCAUCUCUGAUCCUCCAUCACACAGAAACAAGAGCGGUAAAAACCAACCUGUCAACAGUGUUCAUCCUCAUACAGUCUGACAGGAAACAGGUCUGGUUGACAGAGGUGGUGAACAACCCGCACAGCUAAACAGUCUCUUUCUCUCUUUCACGUUGACUAAACUAUGAGCUUUGGGCUAAAUUUAUAUUCCAACUAAAUAUGAAAACUGAAUAUACUUUUAAAAGAAUUACAAUUAUUAUUGUAGUGAUGUUGGCUUACUGUUACUUUGCAUUCACGCAUGCAGCAGGGGGGGAAGAGAAUAUGUAGCUGCAAUGUCAUGAUAGCUUAUAUAUGGACAUUUCAGUAUUUAGAAAUAAAGCAACUUGCUGCAAACCUUUA